AAAACGGCUCCUUAAAUCGGCAGCCACGAAUUAUACCCUUCCUUUUAAAAAAUAUAAAUUCCCAUGGCGGGAAGACUCUGUCUCCCAUUUAACCCAACUCUUCGGGCAGCAGUGAUCUCGAGCUAUAGCACCUGAAUUUCCUGGAAAGGAAACACGCCCAUUUGCAGACGCAAAAGAGAGAAAACGAAACCAUCUCUCUCUUCCGGGCGAGGCAGCAGCCAUGGCUGCUUCUGGGGGUCCCGAGCAGGAUCUCUGCGAGGAAGUCACUUGCCCCAUCUGCCUGGAGUGUUUCAGGGAUCCGGUGAUCAUCCCGGAGUGCGGGCACAACUUCUGCCGAUCCUGCCUGAUCCAGUGCUGGGGGGAAUCCGAGGGAGAGGCUUCCUGCCCUCAGUGCAGGGAAAUCAUUCAGCACAGGAACCUCAUCCCCAAUCGGCCGCUGGCAAAUGUUUUGGAAAAACUUACACUCGGGAAACUCCGUCUUCAUGGGGGAAAGGGGGCCGAAGGAAAGGGGAAGAUCUGCGAGAAGCACCAGGAGCCCCUGAAGCUCUUCUGCAAGGAGGACGAAAGCCCCAUCUGUGUCGUGUGUAUUGCGUCCAAGGAGCACAAAAGCCACGAGGCGAUUCUUCUGGAAGAGGCUUUCGAGGAGUACAAGGAUCAGAUAAGAAGCUGCCUAGACAAUGUGAAGAAGGAGAGAGAGAAAAUUCUGGAAUUUAAAGCGGGUACAGAAAAGGAAAGCCAAGACCUGCUUAAACAAACGGAUGCAGAGAGGGAAAAGAUGGUGGCUGACUUCAGGCAACUGCACCAGUUUCUGGAAGAACAGGAGAAGCUUCUUCUGGUCCAGAUGGCAGAAGUGGAGAAGGAGAUUGCAGCCCAAAGGGAGGAGCACCUGGCCAGACUCUCCAGGGAACUCUCCUCUCUUGAACGCGCCAUCCGGGAGAUGGAGGAGAAGCUUCAGGAACCAGAGAGUGAACUCCUGCAGGAUAUCAGAAGCUUCUUGCAGAGGUCUCAGGAGAAGGAGAACUUAGAGGAUCCUCCUGUGGCUUUUCCUCCUGUCCUGAAGUGGAGGAUCUGGGACGUCUGUGAUAUAAAUCCCUUCCUGAAGGGUGUCAUGAAGAAAUUCAGAGACACUGUGGAAUAUGGACUUCAGCUGCGAAAAGAAAACGUAACUUUGGAUCCAGACACAGCAAAUCCUUACCUCAUCCUGUCUGAGGAUCGAAAGAGCGUGAGAGAAGGAGACUUCUAUCAAGACCUGCCGAACAACCCUGAGAGAUUUGACACAGAUGGCGAUGUGCUGGGAUGUGAGGGUUUCACAUCAGGCAGACAUUUCUGGGAGGUCAUUGUGGGAAGAGAGGAGGGGUGGGGGGUGGGGGUUGCCAGAAAGUCUGUGAAGAGGAAGGGUGAUUUACGUUUUGAUACUACGGAAGGGAUCUGGGGUUUGGGGAAGUGGGACGGUGGGUACAAGUUAUGCUCCCCCUAUGAGGCCCCUGUUCCAAGUGAGGAGCCCAAGAGGAUCCGAGUGGCCCUGAACUGUGAAGGGAGACGGGUGUCCUUUUAUGAUGCUAAUACAGCAGCCCUUCUCCAUGCAGAUACAGCAGCCCCCUUCUCAGGAGAGACCCUCCAGCCCUACUUUUUUGUGAGCGGGAAAGCGAACCUGAGACUCUCUUGACUGAAGGCGCAGACAGACAAGCCUAUAUUCAUUGUCAUCAUGGCACAUUCAGUCUCCUCUUCAGGACUGAGCUGACAGGCACUUCAGGAGAAACCAUAUUUGCAGAACGGUGAUUGGCCAUCCCUUGUGUCAAUCAUGAUACAACUCUCCCUUCCCAGGCCAGCUUUGUAAAUGACACUGAUCAGUUGGGACCCCUAUCAGACCCCUUGUCUCUCUCCCUUGGGAAUCGGCUACUUCUGUCAGUGCAGGUGGUGCAAAGGGGGGAAGAAGCAAGAAAAUAAUUUAGGAAACAACAGCAACACCCCCCCCCCCGCAAUAUUCCUGUUUUGAUGUUCUCUCUCCAACCUCCAACUUGAGUUUUCUAGAGACAAUACCAUCAUCUUUUAUGAAUAAAACCAGAAUUAUGCACGGGCAUCACUUAAAACCUUCCUCAGCCUCAAUCCCUUUCUCAGAUUCCCUUUCCUCCCCCAAAACCUCCACUGACCAUGAAUGGAAGU